UCGCGAUACUGCGCACCGACCGUCAACCAUUCGUUAAGCGGAUUCGAGCCACACCGUGAGCGGAGACAGUGCUUGCGCCGUUUUGUCUACGUUCGAAAGAUCGGUCACUUCCUCAAUCAAACGGCCGGUUGUUGAUUUUGUUGUUGUUGUUGUAGUUGCAUGUUGUAAACUCGCCAAUCAACCCUCCCCGAUCCCGGCAACGGUUCCAGCGUGUACGCAGUCAGUUCAGUGUGUUCCAUUCAUCCAGUCAGCAUGAAGCAGUUUGGCGCACUAUUUGGAGCCCUUUUCGGCCUGGUGGCACUGGUCGCGCAGGCAUCAGCGGCUGCGGCUCCGAGCUGCCCGGAACCGUACGGUGAGCAGGCGUAUCUGCAUCCGGACCACUGCGAUCAGUUCUUCCUCUGCACCAACGGUACGCUCACGCUCGAAACGUGCGAGAACGGGCUGCUGUUCGAUGGUAAGGGUGCGGUCCACAAUCACUGCAACUAUAACUGGGCGGUCGACUGCGGUAACCGGAAGUUCGCCACCGACCAGACGCCGCUGUCGACGCCCGGCUGCGAGUACCUGUUCGGCGUGUAUCCGGAUGCGGCCGAAUGUUCCACCAGCUAUCACAAGUGUGCGUUCGGUGAGGUGCACCAGGAGCUGUGCGAACCCGGUCUGGUGUACGAUCAGCGCAUCCAUGGCUGCAACUGGCCCGACCAGCUGCUCGACUCGUGCAACCCGGAGGCGGUCGUCGGUUUCAAGUGUCCACAAUCGGUACCGUCCGGCACGGUGGCGGCCCGCUUCUGGCCGUACCCGCGCUACCCCGUGCCCGGUGAUUGCCACCGGUUGAUCACCUGCGUAGAUGGACAUCCGCGUCUGAUUACUUGCGGCGAGGGUAAGGUGUUCAACGAGGAGUCACUCACCUGCGAAAACCCGGAGGAUGUGCCGCAUGCCUGCCGUCACUAGAUCAUCCCGUACUGGGGGCACGUGGCGUAACAAACAGCAUCCCGCAAACAGACAGUUUA